AUGUCUUCAGAGGAGGUCAACGGCGACGUCACAGAUCCUGACACAAUCCCUUCGAAGUUAACCCUUGUCGUCGGGGGUUCCAUUUUCCUGGAAGAAAAGAAUCUACUCGUUCAAAGUUGCGACUAUUUCCAGGCGUUGUAUCGCUCUGGAAUGAAAGAGUGCUAUCAGGAAGAAAUCCACCUUCGCUGUCUUCAAGCCAGAGGAUUUUUGAUUGCGUUGGCAGUUUUGCGAGGCCAUCAACCGGUUCUGGAUGCGGAUGACAUUGUUGAAGCCAUAGAGUGUGCGUCGUUUCUUCAAAUUUCACCUCUAACCAAAUAUCUUUCCACCGUUAUCGACUCAAACAACUGCUUAUUGGUGUACCACACAGCUGUGACGUUCGGUCUGAUGGAGCUAUACAACAAGGCCGCACAAUUCAUACGAGACAUAUACAGCGAUUUUGAGCCAGAGGUCAGAAAAACCUUGCCAACGGAGCUUGUAUCUCACAUCGAAUCUUUAACUCCAAGCACUUUUGCCGCGGUUGGUGCUCACGUGACUUGCGCGGACGAAAGGACACACCACGAAGCUUCGAGGACAAUCUGCUAUCUAGACGAAAACGUGAAUAGCUGGAAAGUUUUGACAGAUCUCCCAUUAGCGGCGAGUACGUCUCUGGCUGGCGUGACUGUUUUGGAUAACAUUCUUUUCAUCGUCGGGGGAGUUCAGGGACUUCACAAAGAGGCCGUCGAAGCUUCCUUUUGUUUCGACGUCGCGAAGAAUACCUGGAGCGAGAUCGCCAGCCCAAACCAGUUACGCUACAACUUCAGCCUGAUCGGUCUUGACGGUCAACUUUUCGCCAUCGGUGGGGAGUAUCACCGCGUGGCUAUAUCUUCAGUAGAAAUAUAUAACGUCCAGAAAAACACAUGGAGUCUCGCCGCUCAUUUGCCUCGACCUGGAGCGGGCAUUGCGUGCACGAAAGCUCUGGGACGCCUUUUUGUUUGUCUCUGGAAGCCCAUGGAGACGUCAGAGAUCUACGAAUACAUCCCGAGCAAGGACCAUUGGCGGAUCGUCACAACGCUGAUCAGAAAGCAAAGUUACGGACACUGCAUGGUCGGACACGGGGAGAAUUUGUACGUGAUGAGAAACGGGCCUUCAGACGACUUUCUGAGAUGCCUGAUGGAGUGCUACAACCUCCGAACGGGAGAGUGGACGUCACUGCCCGGACACUACGCCAACAGCAGAGGCUCGUUGUUCACCGCGGUCGUAAGAGGAGACUCGAUUUUGACUCUGAACAGGAGCGUGACACAGGAGUAUGCUGUUAAUGAGAAAACUUGGAAGCCCAGGCGGCAGAUGAAGGGGUUCCCGAGAAGCGGAACAGUGUGGACGUUUCUGCUGAGGCUGCCAGACGAAAACAGGGUGUAA